AUGGAGAGGAUUUUUCAGAUAGUGCAUUGUAGGAAGAAUAAAGUUGUGUUUGCUUCUCACAUGAUGAGGGGUCCUGUUGUGAGGUGGUGGGAAAGUGCUUUGACUCUUAUGACCAAUCAAGUAGUACCUAGGGAUUGGGAUCAUUUUAAGACUACUUUUCUAGAUAAGUUUUUUUCUAGCUCUUUGAGGACUCAAAAAGAGUUUGAGUUUCAACAGCUUAGACAAGGUACUAUGUUAGUAGCUAUGUAUGCUGAAAAUUUUGAAGAUAUGGCUGCUUAUUCUAGACAGGCCGUGUACGCACCAGAUGAGAAGUGGAUGAUCGAUCAAUUCCUUUUUGGUUUAAGAGGUGAAAUUUCUCAUAGUGUUUCUCAAAGAGAGUUCACUACUUAUGCUGAAUUGCUAAGGCAAUGCUAUGUGGCUGAGAACAGUUUGAAGAAAGUUCAAGAGGAAAGGGAUCAGUAUAGGAUUGGACAGAAGGACCAGGGAAGGGCAGAUAACCAGUUUAGGCCUAGACCUCAAUGUUUCAAAGGAAAACAAGUGCAGCAUGUAAGACCUAACCAUCCUCCACAAUGUCGAGUAUGUAAGAAGUCUCAUUUUGGAAGAUGUGUUGGAAGUGUGAUUAGGUGUUUUACUUGUCAGAGGGAGGGACACAUGGCUAGGGAUUAUCCUCAGAAUAAGAUUCAGAUGCAAGGAAGGAACAUUGGUCGAGUUUAUACGUUGGAUGCAAGGAAGGCUAGGAGCAACAAUGCUUUGAUUGCUGGUAUGUGUCUCGUCAAUGAUCAUCCCUAUUUUGUAUUGUUUGAUUGUGGGGAAAAACACUCUUUUGUAUCAAUUCAGUGUAUGAAGCGUCUUGGCUUGCAAACAAUUCCCUUGACUCCUCCUAUGGUGGUUACUACCGCCAUGGAUGAUGUGGUUGAGACACCGUUAAUUUAUGAAAAUUGUUCGCUUUCGGUGAAUGGUAGAAUUUUCCAGAUUGAUCUUGUUUGUUUACCACUUAAGAAGGUUGAUGUGGUUUUGGGGAUGGAUUGGCUUUCCACCAAUUCGGUGCUUAUUGGAUGUGAAGAGAAGUUAAUCAUCAUUCCAUAUAGUGAAGCUACUCCAAAGGAUAUAUUAACUACUAUCUUGGAAGGUACGAUUGAUAUGGUUAAUUUCUUAUUUGAGAAGGAAAAGUCAGUUCUCUUGGUUCAUGUAGCGGUGAUUAUAAAACAAACAGAUUCACUGUGUCAGGUUCAACUUAUCAUCGAUUGUUACAACUACGGCUUCUAUCUUAUUUGA